CAAGAGGCGUAUUUCAAGGGAUCAUGGGUACUUUAAGAUACUUUACUCAGACUUAUUUGAGUAAAGUGAUGUAACGAAGAACUGCCGCUGUCCACGUAAGUUGUGAAACAAACCUAUCUGGGAUAUGUUAAGCUGGCUCCGGAGUUUCGAGCGGCAGAGAGCAAUGUCGUUUGAAAAAAACAUCCUGUCUGACCCUACAAGUGAUGGGAAUGUCUCCACGAAUGGUCAGGUAUCAGAGCGGCCAUCUAGUUCUGUGUAUAGUUACGAAGCAUUCGACAGCACGGCUCCAGUGAACUUUGUUUCAGAUCAGGAAAAUUUCACACAAACAUGUCCAACUUGCGGUGGAUCUGGAAAACUAACAAAAGGUUAGCUGCUUUGAUUUGAUAAAAGCAUGUUUCUCAUGAGUGAUUGUGAUGCAAUUUAGAUUGCCAGGAAGGAAAUUGUGACUCAGGUAAUCACAAGUUAAUGACUGAUUUCAUUAGUUUAUUAUUUACUGUAACUUAUUUAGUGAACUUAUAUUUAAUUGAUUAUAUUGUAAUUGUUAGAUAAAUCUGGAUAUCAUAUUCCCAGUUUGUUACUAUCCAUCAAACUUAAGUUAAACUUGGAUGCACAGAACUACUUGAAAUUCUGGAGAUUGUGAAAUGGAGACCGUGUAGAAAUACGACUCGUCGUAGGUAGUACCAAGAAGGCACGGAGUGCAUUUUGAUUGUACAUGCACCCAAACUUUCCACCCCUUUUGCAUUUGGAAUUAUUUCAUUUUCGCAUGAUGGUGUUGAGCCUUACUUUGUCAAGCCCCAAAUUUUCGACUUAGUAUCUUAAACAUUGCGGUUUCCUCCAUAAUUAUCAUAGUGAAUGAUGGUUAAUAUUUUUCAUUUCUACAUGUUAAAGUAAAUAAUUAUGUUGGUCCAAUACAGCAGACGGAAGGGUAAUAUUUCAAGGAAAGUGUAACUUAUAAUUCUUUCAAGAGUACAUUGGGUAUAGGUAUGUUUAUGUUAUCAGUGAAAGAAAUCAGUAACUUGCCCACUAGACCCAAAUAAUCUAAAGUAAAAAUUAAUUUGAUUGUCAUUAUUAUUUUCAUUUAGAGCAAGAACAUGACUUAGUAGCACUUAUUCCUGUGAGAGACAGACGACUCAAGCCAAGAAGAACGUAGGUCACUUUAUAUCAUGAUAUUACUUCUCCUUGAAAGAUAAUACAAAAACACCUUAAAAAAAAAAGGAUGCAGAGCUCAGUGUGCUGUGCGCAGAUAAUACAAAACACCUUAGAACAUAGGAUCCAGGAUAAAGCAGAGCCUAGAGAGCAGUGCUUGUAAACUCGAGAAAAGGGAGCAUUUUUUUGUUAAUUUGCAAGGUAGAUAAAAGCCUCUAGCUUUAGCGUUAAACUGGUCAGCAGCAUUGUUUAAGGACUCCUUCUGGGCAUUCAUGCAAUGUUUUCCUUCUUGGUUGGGGAUGUAAAAGAAAAAAUUAUCUUGUUUUUUAAUUGUCAUAGAUGAUAAAAAUAACUGCCUUGGUAGAGAGGCCUUUGACCCUUAACAAUAUAUAAGGCUAGCAUACAGAGGAGACAAAGAGAGGAAAGUUAAUUUGGGUGCAAAAAAACAUUCCCCUCUCCCUUCCCUUCUCCAUAUCAACCACACACGCAGCAAGGUCUGUCAACCUUGAACUACCAAAGAACUAAAAAGUAUGAAGUUGUGAUUAUACAGAGAGAACACUGCUAAUCUCAGAUCUAUUCUUCACCAUCAUUAUUAAUGGGUUUAGUAUUGAUCCCUUAAGUGUCAACUCCACUGAGAAUUCCUUUGCCAAAGCAAAUGGAUUUAUUAUUUUUCAAAAUGUUGAUUUAUUUUGAGUUAAAGAGGCCGGCGUAUUUUACAUCUCCACUGCUAGAGAUUUGAAAGUGACUCUCUAAUUUUCCACUUACUGAGUAUGUCAUGGAAGCACAUGAUAUUCAAAUUAUGCAAUGUACUCAGUGCAUCACACAUAUAGUGAAGAGGUCAAACACCCUUAAGUUAAGGGAGAAAUAUGUUGUUAAAUGGGUUGCAAAUCUAUGAAGUAGAUAAUAAAGGGGAAAUGAAUGAAAUUAAGAAUUUGUUAGUUGUCCUACAAGUUUUGCCACAAAGAUUUAAUGAUGUAAAGGUUAACCUCAAGCCCUAUGGAUGUUUCGGGAAAAUGAGGGCCACCUUUAGCAUUUGAAUGAAUAAGAUGAUAUUGAGUGAGUAGUGAGUCAAUUGAUUCAAAACUUUAACAUCUCCCCUCCUGGGCUACCUUCUAGGCAUUUGAACUGUUGAAGAAUGCGUUAUGUGAACUCCCAUUCCUUGGGGCCAAAAUUGGGUUCAAAUGCCUUCCUCAAGUGCUGGAUUUGAUGGUAAAAAGAAACAUCAGGAACUCUUCACUCGUUGACCAAGCAUGAAAACCUUGACCUCUUUGACAUUUUCUUCUGAUCCAUUCCCUCAAAAAAGUGAACCCAUUACCUUAUAAACACCUCAAUAUGAAAAGAUAAAACAGGUGUUUUCUGUUGGAAAGACUUGACACUUCCAGCUCAAUUUCCUCACCCUAGCCAGGCAAGGAUUGAAUUCUCCACCCCCCUUCCCCAGACAUAGACAACCAUCAAGGGAGAGGGGGGGGGGAAAGGGGAGGAUUGUUGAAACAAUUUGAUCAGUGUAUAAUACACGUGACAAGUGUUAACAUUUUGAUCUCAUGGCUGAGGUUGUAAGGGAAAAAGGCAGAAGAAGUUAAAGGAAUAUGAACAGUCAUACUGAUUAUAUUUUGUAUCCUGGUUGGCCGAGCGCAUCACUUUAUUUGAACUUGAAAUACUUUUAUAAUGGCAUUGCUAUAAUGAUGGGAUGGUGUAUUCUUUAUACUGAUCUGCAUUUUCUUGUUUUUCAGUAUUCUUUACCUUGUCCUAGCGGUCUUCCUUUGCCUGGCAAUCUGUGCAGUGGUUGGGGUGAUUUUCUUCCCGAGAACUGUUUCAAUCAAAUUAGUUGGUGCAUCACCAAAAAAUAUUAGCAUCCCAAGCUCAAACUAUUCACAUCCUGUUAUCAUAAUAAAUGUGAGUGAAUAAACAUGAGUAUUAAUCUUGAUGUGACAAUAAUAACAACAAAAACAGUGAUGAUGAUCAUGGUAAUAAAGAUAAUAAUGAUUAUAAUAAUGAAAAUGAAAAUAAAAAUAAUACUAAUGAUAGACAUAAUGAAAAGGAUGUUCCUAAUGCUAACAAUUAGAGGAAAUCACCAGCCAUGUAUUAACUCAUUAUUUUUUUAUCUUGAUCAUAAGUCUUUUUCAUGGUAAUUGCAAGUAAAUCUGUCAAAAAUAUUGUAAAAAUUAUGAAUAUAGAGUGAUUCAGGCUUUGACAAGUUUCAACUCUGUGCCUCCCUGUUGGGGGCCACUACUAAUGGUACUCUUCAUAUCACUACAUUGUAACUCUGCUGAUCUAAUGCUGCAUUCUAAGAGGCUCUUUAAUAUCUAAAGUUCUGAUUUUCAAAUACUCUUAGAAGUGUCUCUCUGUUUUUUUACAGAGUAAUCCAAUUCAAUUCAAAGUAAUGUUGUAAUAAAGUGGGUGGAACUGAUAUUGAUUAUGAGUACUUCUUUUUAAUUUCAACAGAGCACUAUUUUAGUCAACAAUUCCAACUUUUUUGAGGCAAGCUUGGAUCACAUCAACAUUCAAGUCAACUGGAAUGGAUAUGUUGUAGCCGACCCAGACAUUCUAGGGAAGAUAAAAGUGCCAGCACGGUCAAGUCUUCAUGUAUGUUGAUCAGUAGGGGGAAGUUUUGAUUUAACCCUUCAACUCCCAGAAGCUAUUAGCAUAUAACUUCUCCCUAUAAUAUCCAAGCUUUAUCCACCAAGCAGGUAAUGAGAACGCUCAAACUUAUUAGGUUGAAUUUGUUACGUUGAUAGAACACCAAAUUGUUGUAACUAAUUUACCAGGAAAUGCUUAGCAGCUAGUUGGGAGAAUUUACAAUUGGAUCCUGGGAGUUGAAGAGUUGAACACAGGAUUAGAUAGUGUUCCUUAAACUUCAUAGAUCAGAGGAUUCCUGGACUAAAUUUCAGUGGCCUGUUGACUUUGUGUUAUUCAGAUGUAGAACUAUUGUGCAGUAAACUCACCAAUUAGUUUACACUUUUCUCAUGUUACCACAUUUAUGAAAAAACCCUGGUAGUGUCCAUAAAUUGAAAGGGGCAAUCUUUGCAGGUAAGUACAGUUUUGCACUCAUAUUUAAUAUGCCAAAGAAAAACCUCUAUUGAGUUUCUAAUGAGUUUCCUUGGUUACAACUACAAGUAUUUUUUUAAUAGAAGUAAAUUAAUAUUUUACACAUACUUUUUCAAGCACUUAAGUAAAGUGUUGUUUGCUAUGAAGUAGUCACUAUGUUGUGUAUCUUUCCCAUGUAGCACACAUUUAUUGUGAAAACAAUUUACAGUGGUAAAGAAGCAGACAAAAUAAAGUAAGUUUCAUUGUACUGAAAAUUACCUUAAUAAAUGGAACACACUGUGCAGGAUUCUCACCAUUGUAUGCCUGCCCUACACCUGUAGACAGGUCUGCCAGUGGGAAAUUCACUUAUCAUAUCAUUUAUGUUUCCACUUUUUCUUGAGGAUCUGAUUUUCUGUUGGCUCCUGUCCUGUUCUUUACCAUCACACCUCAUUGGAUAUCCUAUAAAAUCAUUUGAUUUUCAAGAAAUAUCUUACACAAUGAUUGAUAAAUUUCUGUAAUUUUUUGGCGAAUUUCUUCAUUGUUCUCCAGGUUUUGGAUCUGUAGAUAUGUUGUGAUUUUUUCUGGGUAAAAUGUUUGAUUUGUUAAUUUUUUUGUUUCCAGUUUGGAAGCUGUGUGUUCUUAUUAUCAAUAUUUAUGCAUUUUUGUGAGUGCAAUUUUUUUUGUGAUAUUUCAGGAGAGUUUGCUGUGGCUGGUCGUACAAUUUGGCUUUCCUCAUAAC